GAGAUUUGGGGUUGCGAUAGCGAAACUCGGCCCAUCGCCGCUCCGACGGGCCCCCAUGAUUUAUUCAGCAGUAGAUCGGGGCACGCAAUCGGGCUGUCAGGGAGAGCGUCAGCUUAUUAGGCAAGUUCUGCGUGAUUCCAGGAGAGGGUCUAAGCUAUAAAAAUCCCGCGCCCCGGCUCUGAUUAGUACCAAAUCUGAUCCCAAGUUCGCCAGGAGCCGGCUCCGAGGGAGAGCGAGAGGAAGGGACGCCGGGCACCGCCGAGUCCCGCCGCCGCCCGCCCUGCCCUGCCGCUGCCGCCGCCGCCCCAGGUUUGGGCCCCGAUCAUGAAGAUCCCGCUGCUGGUCUCCACGGGAAUCCUGCUGGUCGCCCUCCUGCCCUGCCAGGAGUGCAGAGCUCUCAGCAAGAGCCCGGCACCCGCCCCUGGGGCUCUGCACCAGCCAGAUUUCUUCCAGCAGCAGCAGCGACAGCAGCAGCAGCAGCAGCAAACUCUGCCCGUCCUGCUCCGCAUGGGAGAAGAGUAUUUCCUGCGCCUGGGCAACCUUCACAAGAGACCCGUUGGCUCUUUCUCCGCCUCCUCCAGCAGCACCAGCCACCUACAGCCCGAAGCCUCCGCCAGCAACUUUUUCCGGGCGGCGGUUCAACAGCUGCAGCAGCUGCCCGAGCGCUCGCCGGGGAACCGAGAGGACGGCGAAGCCGAGGGUGAGGCGGUGGAGAGGGAGAAGCGAUCCGAGGAGCCCCCUAUUUCUCUGGAUCUGACUUUCCACCUCCUGCGAGAAGUCUUGGAGAUGGCCCGAGCCGAGCAGUUAGCGCAGCAAGCUCACAGCAACAGGAAACUGAUGGAGAUAAUCGGGAAGUGAAACGGCCCCUCCCCGCCUUGCCAAAGAGAUUCCGCAGUUAGCACAAGAAUAAUUACACCGUCCGAUGUACCAUAGUGCUGCUCUGAUGUCAUCUCUUUAUUUUUAUAUAGCUUUAAACCUAGAAGGGCGUACUCCGAACAGCCUCUGUCCCUUGACUAGCAUGCACAACCGUGUACCAAGUGCAGAAACACGAGUGUCGUUUGUAACCUCCCUUACCUUUAUUUAUUUCUCCAUUUCCCAGUUAUUCUAGUGCCAUCGCUACGUAGGGAUGUGUGAGCAUUGGAAGAAAUGGUGCCAAGAAGACAGAAAACUUUUCUGUUGGGGGCAGGGAGGUGGGAGGGGGAAUCUCUGUAAGCUACUUUCAAUCCACUUUUUUUUCCUGUAAACAUUUUCACAAUAAAACAUCUUUUCAGCGCUCGGUCGAUUUGGUUGUGUAAGAGAAUGUUUAAUAUUUAUAUUUUUAAUAAAAGCUGCAAAGUAAUGGUGCCGUGAUAGACUUUCUUGCCUAGACGCCUGAGAGCUGCUCCUCCUCCCUCAGCGCUUACCGGCGCGGGGGAGCACCCCUGGCCCUGGACACCCAGAGCCGCGGGGAGCCCUGGAUCUCCCCCGGGGAUGUUUCCCUCUCUCCUCCUUCCCGGGGAGCUCCGUCUCCGCGGGCUCUCCCGCUGUCGCGCCCCGACGCCGCCGGCCCCAGGCUGCUCCCGGGAGCGGGGUGUCCAGGGCAAAUCCCAGAGCUGCCGAAUCCCACCUCUGCAGCCCCCCGAGGGGGCUCCCUGGCUCCUGCAGCCUCCUCCCGCCGGGGAGCAGCGGUGGGAAGGCGGUGAGGCGCUCCCGCAUCUCUUUUGCCUUUUCGCAUCCUCCCCGCACACAAAAGGACAGAUUCCUCCCCGCUUCGGCUUCCCCCGUCCCGACAGCCGUGCCCGAGCGGGGUCCCUCCCAGGCACUUCUAGGGAGGCUGCAGUGGGUGUGGAGAAACUUCCCGGGAGGAGCUGGGGGAAAUCUCCAGGACGACUGGGAGAAAAUAGUAAAUCCCUCACCCCGAACCAAAUCCCAGGGAAGAGCUGCUCCAGCAGCCGGAGGCGAUGCGGUGGCGGUGCUGGGCGGCGCUCGUUCUGGGCUGUGCGAGUUCCAAAGCUUUUCACGGAGCUCGCCUGUGCAGCCUCCAGAACUCUCGCAGGAGAGUUUUCCAAGGAACGUUCUCCAGGGAAAACAGACACCAGCGAGGGCCGGUAGCAACGGGUGUCCGGGAGAGGGCUGACCCCGCACAGCCUGCUAACCAGUCUGCACUGCCGGCUCACCAGUCCUGCCGGGACACAGCGCAGCCUCAUGGCCCCACACAGGCCCCUGCCAAAACAGAGCAGCGAGGGUCUGCUGGGGAUUUGGGAAAGAUCCACACGUAACCCUAGUGCAGAGCUUGACACCUGGUCCCCUAUGGCACUGGGCGUCCCGGCAGCCUGCCAAUCUCUUAAACACUGCUGAGUGUUGACACCCUACUCACAGCGACAAAAACCACAGAGUUGCCUUCAGUACAGCUUGUAGAGCCUCUUUUAAGACACAAAUUUCAUUUCAUUUGGUGGCUCAACAUCUGCAAUGCACAUGGAACAGGAAAGCCAGCAUCUACCUUUUCUACAGCACAGCACAGGGACUUCAAAUUAAACCUUGAGUGAAUACCUGUGACCACCUUAUCGCACCCUGGUUUCAUGUAAGAACAUGCCCUCUUUUGUACACACACCGAUGGCUGAGAAGACACGGACACAAGUUAUGCCUGGACAGACUGGGCAGCACUUCAGCAACUGCCCCACAUACUCAGAGCUGUGGGGGGGGUCUUGGCCAGUGCUUUGGAUAAGUGUCUCUUCCUCACUCCUGCCACUGGGAAUUUUCCUUACAAAUAAUGUGUUUCUGCAAGCGUCAUCUGUUGUGGUGUAGUAGGAAGAGCAAGUGCAAAGGAAGAAAUGGCAGCUUCCUUCUUCCCUCCCGUGUUCAGCCUCCGCAGCCUGGGAAGCACCAGUACUGUUAGACACAACCCUGACUUGGGGCUGCCAAGGACAUGAUAGUGUCACUGAAGUCACCAGCACUGACAAGCGGGGACACAGGAGGAUACUGAGGAGAAACACUGUUUUGGCAAAGGAUGCUACUAGAGAAUAUCAUACCAGUGUUUUAGCUAAGAACAUUGGUGAAGUGUUUACACCUACAUGGGGAUGUGCCAUCAAGUGAGUUACAAAACACUAGCAGUGCUCAGCCUAAAGCUGUAGUGAUGCUUCUUCCCCCUUGGAAGCAAGAAAAUAUUGGAAAACACUCUGACUACAAUACAUACAGUAAUCUGUCCCUAUGCUCCCCUCCCUCUCAGGUCUGUCAGUUCAAGGGUAUGAUGUGGAGGUCAGCUGAGUUCCAAGGAAUGAGACCUGCUCGGAUGCCCCUUCCCAGGCCAGUUCUGUGCUGACUGCAGCCAGGCUGCCUGUGCUCACGGUCCUUCUGAGGAGAAGCACACCAGAAGCCAGCCAGAGUGAGUCAUCACUCAUUCAGUGAGUUCAACCACGAGAAGGAGAAGACAUGACGAGCCGGCUCGUCACCCCUCUCACUGCUCACGGGAGCUUCCUCCACUCGUCCUUGAGGGUAUGGCUCAGAACCAGUCUGCAAAGGAAGGAAAGGUUGAUAAAUGGAAGAGGAAAAUGUGAAUUGCAUUAAAAUCCAUAAGAUUUCACAACAUGCAGGGAAACAGAAUGAAUUGGGAAAGAAGGGAAAAGGCAGGGAGCAUGGAAAUUUGGGAAGCUAAGACAAGACUUCUAACACCAAAGAAGUCAGAGGGACUCUUGCCAUGACCAGUGUCUGAGGAAGGAUUAUGCUGGGUGAGCGUGUCGCAUCUGUGCAAAGGGCUUAGUCCUGAAUUGGACCUCUGGAAUAUUAUUGCACUGAAGGUGAUAAAUGCCUGUUCAGAAGUGAUCCUGAGCCAGCUUGGCUUGUGUAGCUGGGCCUCCAGAUUGAUGUGAACCAGAGCCAAAUGUUAUUGCCAGUGCAUUGCCACUCAAAAUGAUACUUGUUCUGCUGUUAUGAAAUCUGCCUUGGAAGUGUUUUCUUUUUCUUUUUUUUUUUUUUAAGUCUUCUAAUAUUUAUUUCACUUCAGUUUAACUCAGAUGAGGAUCAGGAAAUAAAUAAUACAGAGAUAUAAACGUCAGUUUAUAUCUGUCUUCUUUUUUACAUAGGUGUCCUACACUUACAGUUCAAAAAGGAAUCUGGACUUAUAUACAAUAGCUGCUAUUAAAAGAAAUUUCUAAAAUUAGUUGAAUAGUUCACAGACCAGUGCAAUAGGCAGAAAUAUUUUACUAGUUCCAGAUCCCUUUGGCAAGGAAUGAAGACUGCUUUGUGAUAGGAUCAGAAAUCCUAUUAAAGAUAAAAUAUAUAAAAAUGGGUGAUUUGCUAGCUAAGGAAAGCCUUAUGUCUUCAUCAUUAAAACCACAAUUUAACUUGCAAUAUACAGGAUUUUUUCCCCUUUGUACUCCUAGAUCCACACAUACAUUAUUGUACAUUCCUAAAAUUAAACCAGCCACACCACCAGUCUUCUUUGUGCAGGGUUUUAGCUUACUUUUGAUACCUCAGCAUGAUCUCAGGUGAACUAUUUGAUAUCAACAUACUACUCAAUAGAGGGCAAAUGAUAAAGAAGUAUCCUAUAAAUUCCAACAUCUCAGUCAUUCAUAGAAUUGUCCUAAACCAGAAAGUUACUUAAGCAGUGUUUCUAAUAGAUACAUCCAGCAACAAACAUUGAAGCAGGGAUGCUUUUGAGGAACUGAAGCAUUGGUGAUUUUACUAAGCAUUUUUGUAAGUACUUACUGUUGAAGUGUACUACAAGAAUAAGUAAAAACUAGUGGUGUGUUAAGGAUAAAUUAGCUAUUGGGCUUCAUUCCAGUUACUACCUAUUUCAGUGUCAUCAACAAACCAGACAGCAUGAAGGUAUGAAAAGAAAUAGAUCCCUGUUUAUUUAUAUCUAAUUAGAGUUCACAGUGCCAUUUUUAUCAAUAUCCUUGAUUGCUCUAAAUUGAAAGAGCCCUAUUAAUUUCAAUGAAAUAUUAUGUGAGAAACUGCUUUACUAUUUGAAAUGUAAACCAAUCUUUGACUUAGAUUCAUAUUUUCAAAACAGGCACUCAUUGCUACUUACUGCAAAACCCAAACAGGGAUCUCGCAGUUAACUUUUGCUUGCCAACUUUAUAAUGUAUUUUAUGGAGACCACAAGCAUGGGGAAAACAUGGGAGAAACAGCUGUCUACUUGAAUGCAAAAGCCCAUUUCCAGCAGUGCUGGUGAGAAGGGCUGUCUCCCAGGCUCAUGCAAAAGUAUGGUAAAGAAUUGGGCCCAGGGGGCCAGAUCUUCAGCUGGAAGGCAGCUGAUUAUAGAAGGUCUGCCUCUCAGCCCUGGAAAGUGCUGAUUGCAAAUCUUUCAACCUGACUACACUUAAAUACAUGGCUAAACUCUGAGUUAUAAGACAUUUGGUGCUCUCUUCAUCUUGGCAGAUGCAGGAGCGUAGGUGGUUUAUUAGUCUUUUGUGAUGCUGAAAAUUUUGCCUUUGUUUUUGGAAGGGCAGUCAGAGUGCCUGGACUAGCUAAGAGCAAUUUUGAAACUGGUUGUACAAUUGUGUGCACCAAGGCCUCAGCAGGGUGUGUAAGCAGGCAUGGUCCUCACUUCUCACCCUGUAAAAGAAUAGGACUGGCAAGAGGUUUAAAAGACAAGCCAUUUCUCUUCUGGUGCAAGGAAGACUUCCUUUAGCACUUUCACUUGCUGUUCUAACUAGCCACUAUCCAAAAAUUUACAGUAAAACAAGACUAACUUUGAAGCAAAGAACUAUCUACGAGUUUAAAGCUAUGCUGAGUGUUUAAUAGGAUUUGGACCCAAGAUAUAAGAAGAAAGAAAGCACAAUGCAAUGACUUAGACUGGCAAGCUGACUGCAUUACCCUGUUAACCAGUGCUGCUGGUACUGCAUUUCAAGCACAACAAUCUUUGUCUGCAUCACUGCCAAAAUUGUAUUUCAUAAUGUGUUAACUCCUUCAUAUUUUGCUGCGAUGACAUCUUCCUCUGUCAGCAAAACAAUGUUGGAACUCCAACACAUUCCCACUGGGUUUGGCUGGGUGAAGCAUUUGCUCCUGCACCUUGCUGCGCUCAGCAGGCUGCUAGUCUGCAAUACCUCCAUGUGCCUUUCCAAAACCAAUCAUUUUCCAUCACGCCCAGCCAGGAGUGAGGCAAGCACAAAACUGACAGUAGGGCCAUUCCUUGGCUUUUAGGCUUGUGUUUUCACACCUGUGACACUUCAGUGUUUGUCUCUGAAUCACACAGUGACUGAGGUAUGCUCUCUUAGUGUAAGACAAGAAACCAUCAAAAGGUGCCAGCAGCAACUUUGUCCGUGUUAAUAAGUCCAUUCUUCCCUUCCAACAGCAGCCCACACAACUCAGAGUUAUACAGUGUGCUGGAAUUGUCCAAGACAAAGAUUUCAGCUGUAGAUUUUACAGAAAAAGACCUGUUUUGAACCACCUGUUUUGAUUGUGAAAGACAAUGCAGAAACAGGUCUUUGGGAUUAAGACGUGACCGCUCUGCAGGUCCUUGUAGUCUCAUGCUGGAUUAUCUUGCUCUCCCUGUUACUGCAACCCUACUCUGCUCCCAGAGGAAAGCUCACUGCUGGGCAUGGCACAACCCUUGCCACAUGCCUUUAAGACAGGCCAGAUUCAACACUUCAUUGUGUCUGUCCAUUGCUAUUAGGUAACUUGUCAAGCUUCUGCCUGAGCUUUAUCUUUGCCUUGGAGAUCUCCUGGGUAGGACUUGUUUUUCCUAGAAUAACAAGUCCCAACCCUUUGGGUCCCUAAAAGUAAUAAGGAAUAACUAAAGUGUUUACCUCAGAUUACAUCCAUCACAUUAGGCCAAUGCUGAGAGAGUGCUGAAUACUUACACUUUGAUUUAUGUUUUCCCUUGUGGUGUCGAGUGACAUCAGAUGGUGCUUUCAAUAAGCACCAGGAAUUUUCACCAGGCCAGCUCAUGGAGUGGGGAGAGAAGUACACCAUGCAUGACUGAUGGUUGGUUUUGUUUUUCCCAUAAGCAAAGUCCAGGCUGGAGUUUACUUGCCAAUUCUGUGGAGGUGCUGAGCAACCACAACUCCCACUGAGCAGCCAUUCAGCACUCCUCAGCAUCUGGCACGCUGGAAUUUGCAUGAAUAAACAGUAUAAGGAUCUCAGAGUUGAGCCUGAUGAGUCGUUUCAAAGUUGCAAAUAUUCAGCAUCUUUCAGUAUUUGCAUCUAUAAGCAGGACUCUACUUGAAUCUGUGUAAGGUUCUUGUAAAAGGGUGUGGGGAUGAGGAAAGAGGUCAGUGGGAUGGUUUGUCAUAACAUUUUCAUUUAUUAGGUCCCAGAAGUUAUCCUGUUUGUGCUGGGGGAAAAUAUGUAGUCUAGACCUUUCAUGUAUUUGAAAUACAAUGAAGUCUUCACAUUGAUUUCUGCUUUACCAGCACUAACCUCAGCAGCUUUUAGGCACAAAGGCUGGGAUAAGUAUUGACAAACUUUAGCCAUCCAGAAACAAGAUUCCCAUUCAAGCAAACUCUGUUCAUCCCCUCUAAUGGGAGUGAUCAGAGAAAGGCACAACCAGAGGGUGAUUUGUCCCAUCUUCAGAGAACUGGAUUGCUCUCUGGAGGUUUCACUCUCUACAGACACUCUGGGCGACUGGGUUAGAAUACAUCUGGCUUUUAAGCAAUGAUACAAGAAAGAUUCCAGCCAAGUAUUUCAGUAUAUCAAAACACUCCUUGAUAGGAAUUCAGAACUCUGACUGCAGUAUUAUUUUACAAGAUCACAAACUCUUAAAUUUAGGAAGCGGGAAGGAAAGGUGAAGGGCUGAAUGGCUUCAUAAUCUACUUUAAUGUAGAUGGAUGAGGUGGUUGGUUACAACCUAUAUGAAUAUUUUCUGGAGCAACAAUGCUACCCAAAGAAGGUUCUGCCCCUUGGAUCCCCAUUCACCUCUUCCUGCUUUGGUUCCAUGGUUCACUGCCCUUUUGGAUUGCUGCAGCUCUUUGAAGGGCUGUGCUGAAUGGGAACGUCACUGGAACAACAUCAAUUUUUUUACCUUUUUAUUUUGAGGUGAAGGAAGAUAUUUUUAAACCUGGAUCAUUUGAAUGAUUUGAUUUCAGCACAGCUCAACACACAGCUGCCUCAGCACAAAUGCCCUAUAAGUGGUGGCAUCUGGGAAGCAAUAAGAGGCAGGGCCAUUUGGCAAAAAACUCCUGAAUCACCUUUUCUGCCAGAGGAAAAACUGGAUCCACACCCUUAGAGGCACAUGAACUACCCAGUGCCUUUGCUGCCUCCUCUUUAUCCAGCAGGAGAGCAAGGGUGUGAAUUUGUUAGAAAGUGUGGGUCUUGGAGAGAGAAGCAGUAAAAAUACAGGUUUCUUGCUUCCGUGAUUUCUGUAGCUUCAGAAAAUGAGCUAGAAAUUAAAUUUAAUUCCCAUUUUUAGCUGGCUUGUUUAGAAACAACCCCCAGUGUUGACAAGAACACGCACGAUUAAAAAAUGCUAGCUGGUUGCAAAGCAAUCACAGAAUCUGUAGGCUAUGUUUGUCUGCCUCAAAUGUCAAGUGUUACACUGCUGGCACUCAACACUUCCAGGCAGCGGAAACAAAGGGAGCACAACAGGUUAUUUUUAAAUAGUUUAAACUUUAGUUCAAGCAUUUUGUUUUCAUAUUUUUAUGCAGUCUAGCUCCUUCAGCAUAACACCUGGCAGCUGUCACGUAUAUCACAACAAUAUUGUUUCAAAGCUAAGAGGCUGCUUAUUUUGCAUGGAUCAUUUUUAUCAGUGGGAAUCAACAGAGCAUUCUCCAAAAUAUUUGCUACAAUUACCUGCCACAGAAAUACAUAAGGUAGCAGACAAAAUUAUGUGCACAGACAAGCUCCAUCAGACACAGAAUUAGACAUACCACUCUCUUAAUAGUGGUCAGUAAUGAAUUUUAAGUCCAUCGGGAGGAAAUGCCUUUCUUCAAUAGAUCAUCAAUAUAUUACAAUUAACACUUUGUGAAUUAUGUCUAAUGCAGUCUCAUACAUAAUGACCUCAAAGUGAUAAAAUAUAUUUCAGAGGAGAACAGCCCAAUUGGCUUAUUUUGGUAUAGGUUCCAUGCAUCUCCAACGGGACAUGGAAGUCCAGACACUUGAACCUGUGGUGGAAACUGCAUUAGAGCAUGGUGUGGGAGAGCAGCUUUCUUCUCAGCAUUACUUGGGACAAAUGACAUACAGUUUCCCUAUAAAAGUCACCUUUUUUUUUUUCAUAACUCAAAGAAGAAAAGGCAGAAAUAGCAUACUUGUUUAAUAUUUGACCCACUCCUGCACCUCAUUGAUCCAACUUUUUAUGGAGAGUAAUUAACUACAUAUUUGCAUGAAAUCUAGUCCUUCUACUGGCCAGGAAAAUGAAGGAAACCCAACAGGAGAAUCUUAAAAACAUGUUAAUAUUAAGGCUGCAUGAUCAGAACAGCCUGUCCUGCAUCUAUCCACACUAUUCUUCAUUCCUUUUGGAGUUAAGGUUUUUUGGGACCUCCUGAUUAAUCAGCCUUUUACCAUUGCUGCUCACUUCCAGCCCUGCUGGAGAACUGUCUAGCAAAGGAAGGAUCCUAUUGAGAGGCUGCAGGAGUAAGUGCUGGUCACGUAGUACAUGCUGGUCACCAGUGCCAGGAAGCUACUCAUGAAUACCAGUUGUUCCCUCUUCCUCCUACUGCUGCUUUGUCACACAAAUAGAUAUGAAUUCAGAUUAACAAGUUAAAUGUGAAGUAAAGACCUUCCAAGAACUUCUCCACGGCAGUAAUCAAUCUAAUCUGCAUUGUAGAAACUUUGCUGUUAGCUUUCAGGGAGAAGUAGCAAAAAUAGUAAUGGUUUAAUGUCCUGUCUCUGUCAGACAGUCUUUCCUUUGACUAAUGUGAACUUUUGUAUUUCAAAGCUUUUUCUUCCUCUGCAAAUGGAACUUUUGGAAAUCCUAUGAAUGACACAGUGGUAGUUCAGGCUGUGAUUCACCCUGGAGCUCCAUUUGUGGGAUCAGAUAACAGAGCCAGCAUAGCUUUGAGGUGUGUAGACAUACACAUCCCAUGCUUGGAGGCUCAUCCCGUGCUCUGUCAUUGUGAGUGACUGGCUGACCUGGCUCUCGUAAGCCUGCAGGGGGUGAGAGUGGUGUACAUGAGCUGUGGGCACAGCACAGCCUCUCUGAGACCAGUGGAGGUGCAAAAAGCCAGAUUGUCAGCUAAAGCAACCUGCUGCCAUUCCUUAAAGCCACCACAUAACAGAAGAAGAAAGUCUUGGCCACAGUUCCAACAUUUUUUCCCCCUCAUCAGCUGUUGCUGCUACCACUUUUUCUUUGUGUGCUCACUUUUCCAUGUCUCCAGUUGCCUGAAUCUGCUCCUUACUGCAACCACAGCAACUGAAGCUGUUAUCCAAGCUAUGACUCCACUCCAAAACUCCAAAAUUGCUCAGUGAGUAGCACUGUGAUUGCCCAGAUGGAUGUCUGUCAUGUCAAAUCUCACAUUGUAAUCUCUGCUUGCCCGUUAGCAAUGCUGGCCUGCUUGCACAGCACUCGGCCAAGUGAUGAGUGAGAUAUUAAAUCGAGUUUCCUUCUGUCCAUCUCACACUGUUCCCUGUGAAAUCCAAGGAAGUUGUGAUAAAUUCUGCUCUUAGAGCUUUGGAUUCAGUCACAGUUGUUGACAGGGUAUAGAGUACAGAUUGCAGCCACUGCCACCAGAGGCAAGUUUGGAACUGACCUGCAUCUGGGCAGGCACCAGCUCAAUUUUUCUUUAAAAAGAAAUUUAUUUAUUUUAUAAAAUUAAAUUUUGAAUUUGUCCAUAAAUAUAAAACCAAAUGUAUUUUAAAUACAAAUAUUUUGCCAGAUGUUGAAGAGGCUCAUCAGCACUAAUGGGGGAAAUGACAGCUACAUUUUCUUGGUAAGGCAUUUUGUAAUAGAAUAAGUCAUACAGCAAGUGUUUCAUCAUGAACGAAAACCACUUCUGUGUACAGAAGUGCUGAGCCAGGAGUGCUCUGAGUGACUGAUCUGUAUUUCGAUCACCACCUUCAGUGGCUGAGAUAGACUCAGGCAGAUUUUAUAGGGUGCUCUCUAAAUUGAAAAGAGCAGUAAGAAAUUCAGAUCACUUAUCCCCCAGGACUGUGAGAUCCUCAUUCUCUUCUCAGUCAAAGGCAUGAUGUCUGUUUGACAUCUGUAGCAUGGUUUGAACAUCGCAGCACCUCUUGGCUGGCAGCCAGGGAUAACAGGGUUUUUUAAUUAGUCACUGGGCUCUUACUUAAUGACCUGAGGAAAAUUGCAAAGAUGCCAGGAAUAUAUAUCACCUGAAAAGAGAUACAUGACUGAAUCAUCACUGUUUGAUAUGUCUGUCUCCCCAUUUUCCAUUUAGUUUUGGCUGCACAUGCAGGCCCCCUGGUCUUUAUCUCCAUGUUCAAAGCACAGUCGGUGGGCACUGCAGGGUGCUGCAUCCAGCCCCUCGCCUGCUCACAAGCCUGGAAACCCUGCCAGUGGAAUGAUACCCUGCCCAAACAUAGGGGGUCAGGCCCAGUUAACUAAUUAUCACCACUGGGAUUUUCAAUCAGAUAGGCUGGCAUUUAAAUAUUGAUCCAUCUGUAAUGGUUACAGGACCGCCAGUGCUGCUUUCCAGAGGUGAGUGAAUGGCUGCACUGAGAGCCUGGGCUGUCUCAAGGCAGUAAGGUAACUAACCAAAUAGUCCAAAAGCAGAUGGUUUGUGUAGUUGUGACAAACAUCUACCACAAAGUGAUGUAAACCAGCAACAGUUCAUCUGUGAUUAAGAAAUAUUUUUUGUUUACAUUCUAUUUUCCUUUCCAAACUCCUUAACAAUGAGCAGAACAAGUGAUGCUUGGAGGAGGAGGCUGAAUGGAGGUAGAAUUCAGUAUUUAAAUGAGCUAGUCAUAGAAAGACAAUGUCUAGGUGAGCCUGGCUUUGUAUUAAUUUCAACAAGAAAAAUAAUUUUGUCAAAACUGUCACUGUGGAGAUGCUUUUACUAGUAAUAGACUGAAAAAAAUGAAAUAUCCAUAAAUCAGAUGAUAUCUAUGACUCACCAGACAAACAGCAGAGCAGACUAUUUGAGGGAAAACUUCAGGUGAAGUAUUUGCCACUCAUUUUAAUUAUGAGAAACUGUUGUCUGAAAUCUGGUCUUAAUGCAUUGCCCUCACGACUCAUCACUGCUGUCUCUGAAUCACCCAGAUAAUUCUCAAAAUUAAGGGAGAGGGAGGUGUUAAAAGAGGAACAAUCAAGACUUUGCUGAUGUCCUCUGCAUGUAUUGCCAAACUGAGGGGAAAAAUUCACUUGAAGCACAAAGUGAAGAAACAAAAUGGAAAUUUACAGGCAAAAUUUACCACCAACUGAACAUCAGCCUGAAUGGCCACAGAUGUAGCUGCUGUCACUGAGUCCCAACUCACUGAGUCAAACUACUGAGAAGCAAAGGCAGGAUUUCUUGGUUGUUAACCGAGUUUCUUGCAUCUAGUGUUUGUUCAGGUACAGGCUGAGUGCUCCCCUCCACCCCACCCCCCCAGUGAAAUUUAAGAGAUGUUUAGAAAGAAGAUUGAAACAGAGUUUGAUUUGGGCUUCUACACCAGCUGAUUCAAGGGUCUCCUACAAAAAACCUCAGCUUCAUGGAGGACAGAUUACUCAUUUUCAUUCAGUCAAACCUUGCAGAUUUUUUAAUGGUGCAGGAAUAAACCCAUCAAUUUUCCACCUAAGAAAAGGUAAAAUACAGGUAUAUAAAUACCUAGGUUGGAAAUAUCAAGUUGAUUUUUGCUGUCUGCAUUCCUGGAUCUCUCAUAAGCACUAAACACACUUGUUGCAGGGAGGAGAGAGCUUUUGGAGCAGCAGCAGGAAGAGCUGCAGCAGCUGGAAGAGAGCUACCUGGGCCAUGCCUGUGGCUGAUGCUAAUAAACUUCUUGUUCUGCUCUGGGGGAAACUGUGGAAAGCUUGUUUUGGGAAUGGGGACCAUUUCUUAGCACCAUUCCUGCAAGAUCCAGCCUCACAAGACUGCCUUCUCUCGAGCAAGAAACCCCUUUUGGAACAGCUGGCUUGAAGUGGCUGCUUGUCUUCCUUACCUGAGCAGAUUGGCAAGACUGAGUUUCCAAUUUGGUGAAGAGAACAUUUCUUAUUUGUGUUCUGCUGCCAUGCUUGUGCAAACAUUCCAGAGCAGCGCUGUGCUAAAAUGUGGGACCCUGCCUUUUAUACCCUGAUGGAAAAGUGGAGGUAUGUGAGCAAAGAGCACAGCACAAUCUCUUGGCCUGAUUUUGGUUUUCAAUGAUCUUAUUUUGUCCAUGUUGUCUGCAUAUUGACAGGACAACCAAUCAGCUGAAACUUAGCUAAAUACUGACCUGUCUGAUGUGAUUUGAAGCUAUCUCAUGAAAAAAAAAAAAAAAAA